GGCAACCGGGAAGGCAUUUCCGCUUCCGGUUGCCUCGACGUUCCCGCCUCUUCGAAUCCGGUUGGAAAGAAAGAAAGAAAGAAGGGACGGGCAGAAGGAGGGAGAGCUUGGUGCACGGAGAGUCGCUCGCCUCAGUUCCCGGCACUCGAAGCUUUCAGCAUCUGUGUCAGUUAUGUGAUGAGUGUAGUAAUGGAUGAAACUACUGAUUGCAUGAAGAUGGAUGCUGGAGACUAUGUGUUAGCUAAUCACACUUCUGUGUUCAAGACUCUUCCUCAACAACAGAAUGCUCUCUCAGGAGAUCAGUUUCCGUUGUCUGGCAACAAGUUUUUAUCAAACAAAUUUGACAGUUUGGAGAAACCUUUUCCUUGUCCAUCUGGAAAUGCCUCCUGUAGUUUCAAUUACUGUUCAGAACCUCCAUCCUCUGAGAGCUAUCAAGCAGUACGUGUGCAAAGAACAUUUGGAACAAGUGCCAAUGGACAGUGGAGGAGUUGCAGUUCUAACCUCGGUCCUGUUUUACAGAUGCCUAGAGCAAGUCGCAGUGAAACACGCAAGAGUCCAAGUGGGAUAUCAAAUUCCUUCAUAGGGAAAUCAAACCAUCAUUGCCACGUUUCUGCCUAUGAGAAAUCCUUUCCAAUUAAGUCUAUUACUGGUCCAUCAUGGAGUGCCUCAUGUCGCCGGAGCUUACUAAGUCCCAAGAAAUCCCAGAGGAGAUUCAUCAGCACUGCAGAAGAGACCGUCCGAGAGGAAGAGAAAGAGAUCUACAGGCAGCUGAUUCAAAUGGUUACAGGGAAAAAACUCUCAACUUCCAAGGCCUCUUCACUGUUGUCUCUCCACCUGUCCAGAUGUGCAGGUUCCAGUAAAAACCUUGUGAAAAAAGCUGAAAAUAAGAGUAGGAAACCUGUUGGGACUUAUGGCCCUCCUGGAAGCAGCCAAUCAUGCGGUGUUCCGAGGACUCAGGAGCAGCAUUCUCACGAACCACUGCCACAACCGAUCCGCAGUUUCCACGCACACGUUCCCUUUGAGCCCAAGGACACCAGUACACCAACUCAGCAAAAUUGUCUACCAGCAUUGGAUGUGCAGGCUGAAGGAUGUGACUCUCUCAUAAUGCUCAAUGGCAAAGACGUCAAAUCUCCAGCUCCAAGCACACCUUUCUUUGAGGCUGAAUUAUGGAUCAAAGAAUUAACCAGCGUAUAUGAUUCCCGAGCCCGUGAAAGAUUGCGACACAUAGAGGAACAGAAAGCUUUGGCAUUGCAGCUGCAGAACCAGAGAUUGCAGAAACAGGAGUUUUCAGUACCUGAUUCAAUAGACUUGCAUCUGCGAGUCCCUCUUGAGAAGGAGAUUCCUGUCACAAUUGUUCCAGAAAGCAGUAAGACAGCUGACGGUGAAGAGGAAUUCCCUGAAAUUACAGAGGAAAUGGAGAGGGAAAUAAAGAGCGUAUUGCGAAGUGGGAACCAAGAUGAGGUGCUGAGUGAAGCCUUCCGGUUAACCAUAACUAGGAAAGACAUUCAGACCCUUAACCAUCUCAACUGGCUCAAUGAUGAGAUUAUUAACUUCUACAUGAAUAUGCUGAUGGAGAGAAGUAAACAGAAGAGCUUUCCAACUGUUCAUGCAUUUAACACAUUUUUCUUCACCAAGUUAAAAACGGCUAAGUAUCAAGCUGUGAAACGCUGGACUAAAAAAGUGGAUAUUUUUUCUGUGCACAUCCUGUUGGUGCCCAUUCAUCUUGGAGUCCACUGGUGCCUAGCAGUGAUUGACUUCAGGAAAAAAACCAUCACCUACUAUGAUUCCAUGGGUGGAACUGACAACGAUGCUUGCAAGAUACUUUUGCAUUACCUAAAACAGGAAAGCGUGGAUAAAAAGAGGAAGGAAUUUGAUACCAAUGGCUGGAUGCUGCUAAGUAAAAGGAGCCAGGAGAUCCCUCAGCAGAUGAAUGGCAGUGACUGUGGGAUGUUUGCCUGUAAAUACGCUGACAGCAUUACCAAAGACAAACCAAUCAAUUUCACUCAGCAACACAUGCCUUAUUUCCGAAAGCGGAUGGUCUGGGAGAUCCUCCAUCGCAAGCUGUUGUGAUUUCAUGCCAAAUGCAGGACCCAUCUGAGACUGCGAACCAGGCCUUUGCCCUUCUCAGCCAUCUCCAAUGAGGACUGCAUGGGUUUCCCACAGAAGCUUACAAGACUGUACAAUACAUUUUGUGGCUUCAAAAAAAGUAAAAAUCUCUUUCAUGGACCUGUGGCACUCUUUCAGAAGCACACUUGCCAUUUUAUAUUUUGAAACCUUAUUUUUUCCAAGUGACUUCUGGAGACACUGAGGAGAACAGCUUUUGACCUUUAAAGAGUUUUCUCUUUUUACAGUCUCUGCUCUUUUCAAAAUGACUGAUGUGUACAAACAACUUGAGACCUGCCAGGCUUCAAUUGCAGGUUGUGGGCAAAAGCACUUGCACUGUUGUAUUGUAUCUGCCAUAGCCUGAAAGAAAAAUUAACUUCACAGCACUCAUUAAACGCAGUGCUGCAUGUUACUAUUGCUGCAGAUGGUCUUCUGCAACAAACACAUCAAGUGUGGAAGUAAAACAUGUGUGUAUACUCUUCUUGGGAAACCUGAUAGGCUCAGAUUUGCCAAGGGUAUGAAUGUGUAUUUCUACAGUUUGCUACAGAUAUUAUGGAUGUUUCCCACAGCAGUCGUAACAUGUUGCAUUGCCCUUUGUUCUUAAAUUAUUAGGUGGAAAUGGAAUUGUUUAAGAAUGGAAGCUCUAAUAAACACCAGCACAUGCGAAGCAGCUUGCUGCAUUUUUUACUAUGACAAUGACCUUCUCUUCAAGUCUGUAGUGAAGGAUGGUAAAUGGAAGAUGAACAACAGCUUUUCUAGAGGGUCAAGCAAAGGACCUUUCUAGCACUCAAACUUCAUUCUCUCCUACUGGAUGCUUCAUCAACUCUUAACUGUAAAAGUCCAGGGCCAGCCAUGUAUCAGUUAGGACAUGGGCGCAAAACAUAUAGCUCUCCAGAUGUUGGGCUGCAACUCUCAUCUGCCCUAGCCAGUGGUGAAUGGGGACACCAUCUGGAAGGCCGCACAUUUUCCAUCCUUACAACAUCAGGAGGGCUACAGGUUUCCCAUCCUUGCUUUAGAAAGGCGAGGCAUCUUGCAUUAAGAACCCUUCCUCUUGGGUGCCUCCUUCACAACCCGCCUCUGAUAGGCAGGCUGUGUGUAUGGAAUUUGAUGCAGAGAGAAAUAGUAGAGCAGUAGGUUGUAGAGCAGUUUUGAGGGUCAAUUUUGUGCCCAAAUGCCGGGGGGGGGGGCAAUCCCUAUCAAAGCCAGCAUUUUUUCCUUGAGCUAUUGUCAGAAUCUAAGGAAACCCUGAAAUUAGGAAGCACUGUUGCAUUGCACUGUUGAUAAGCAAACUAAGCAGCUAUAAGUUGAAUGGAUGCUCCUUGGACAGAAGAUGGAGCAGUUAUUGAUCAUUGAACUAUUUGUAGAUUUUAGGUAGAAUAUUACUUGUUUAAAACUCUUUUUUAAUUAUUGGUAAACUGUUUUUAUACCAUAUAUAUAUAUAUAUAUUUAUAAGCCUUUCCGAGUGAUGCAGCAGUGAACAAAUAAAUGUCUGCUGAAUUUUACAGCUCUCUCCCAUGUUCUAUUAUAACUCAUUUGGAAGCCUGACCACCACUUUUUCUCUCAUGUUCCCCUCUUCUAUUCUUGAUAGCCCUUAACGAUAGAGUGAAGGGCAUCCUAAAUGGAAACUCUGCCUCCUCAAACCUUGCUUUUCAUGCAGAUGCACAUGAUGAUGCAAGACAGUAUAUAGAACAGUCUUCCUCAACUUGGUGCCCUUAAUGUUUUGGACUAAAACCUCUAUCAGCCCCAGCCAGUCAGGGAUGAUGGAAGUUAGCAUCCAAAGCUUCUAGAUGGCAAAAGUUAAGGAAGGCUGAUAAUAUAAUCUACUUAGCUUCUAUAUGAGAUGGGCUGCCAGCAGCAGCAGCUUUACAUUCACAGACAGGCAGAUAUUUUACGGAGCCCAAGGUACCAUGAAUCUCACUAACUGGUGUAAAUUUUAAUCCAACCUGAGAAGGACUCGGCUCUCAGGCCACACAAAAAAUCUCUUCCUCUGUUGCUUCUGUCCCAUGCUACAGUCCAGUGUACAAUUUCUGUACAGCCGCAUUAAUUUCAGUGGGACCCACUGCAAGCCUCACAUAUUUGAAUGGACAUUGCUCGCCGGUUGUGUUUGGUAUCUGUACCUGCUGUCAGAUACCAAACACAGCUGGUGGUGCGGUUAGAAUUGAGGCCUAAAAGAUGGUAGACUACUUGCGAAGUUCACAUGCCACACAUACCUCUUGAUGUAUCUUUUUUAAUUCUAAGGAAUAAUAAAAAAUUAAUGUCCUCUUGUAUUUUUUGCCAUCAAAUAGGGAACAUUUUAUAUAUUCUGGACCUGUAAACAAUAGUUUUGUACAAAUUCCCCACUGCCCUUCCCUGAGUCGUGCUCUUCCUAGACAAGUUUGUACCUUUUUUGAUCUGUCUGUAUAUGUUUUUAUACCAGUCUCUUUGGUCAUAUUUUUUCCUAUGUUUUUUCUGCAAGUAAUGAUUUUAAAACCUAAAAUGUUUUUUUGUAACGUGUUAUUCUUAAAUAAACCCAGCUGGUUUUUUUUAAAAAAA